AUGGAAACAGAAACACAACGAAAUAGCCAAAGUAAAAGAAAUAAAGCUCAGGUUGAAUACCGAAGUCAGAUGAAAUCGAAGGUACACGAACAUUUANUCGAUGAAAACUACGGCGGUGGUUUGCCAAACUUUCCAACAUCGAAUAUUGUCCAACAACUGUAUCAACCAUGCCAUAAGAAGCUUGAAGAACCUUGUAAACAACUGGUCGCCUAUGUCGCAGAAUACAUGGUCGCAUGUCUGGAAUAUAUUCUAAAGAAGGUUUUACCUGCGGAAGCCAGUUACAAGGACGCACUAAUACGUGAGAUAAGUAAAACUGUGAAAGCUACAAUUGGAAAAAGUAAAGAAAAAUGUCUCGAAAGUGUGCAACAAAUGUUAGAAAUGGAAGAAAGAGUCUUCACGGUCAAUCCACAAUAUAUGAAAACUUUCACCGAAAUGAAAAAAAGCGAACCGGAAAAUGAUACUCUGUUGGGCCUUCGUUCGUAUUGUUCGAUUGUUCACGCUCGAAUUGUUGAUCAUUUGUCCCAACUUUGCGACUAUUGGUUUGUUCGCAAUGGUUUACUUACUCUCGAUAAGAAGUUAAACACCGCAUUCACUCCUGCUGAACUUUUGAAGAUAAUGAAGGAUUUACCGAUUGUCGAACAGAAGAGAGCUGCGCUAAAAAGAAGUAUCGACUCAAUGGAACGAGCGCUGAUUACCGCAGAAGAGAACUAA